AUUUAAUAUGGAACUUCACAAACUAAUAGGGUCGCAUUUACGCAUCUACAACAACUUAUUUCACCUUCAUCUUCACGCGUAGUUAAUGUCGACAUGCCCGAAUUUCCCUGCAGCUAACAUUCGUGGACGGACAUUUAAAUAGGGAAGCAUUUCCAUUUACAAUAUGGCAACCGUACAGACUCCUUCCGGUCGAAGAAAACGAAGUCGUCCUGACGAUGAGCCGGACUCGUCGCCAGCAGCGACACCAAGCAUGACCGCCGCUGUUAAGAGGCGUCGUCUUAAUAACUUUACGACACAAUCACCGUCAACCCCAAAAGGCCUCUCCGCUAUUACUUCUGCGAUCGGAAACGUAUUUGGGUUGGGUCGAAGAGGAAGCUCGAAGAACAAAACCCAACCAGACAAAGUGACCUCGACUAAUGAUACCGCCUAUGAUGUGCCCGAAUCUUCCAACAAUACGAAAUUAGUCAAUUCGUUGCAGAAUCUCCCAAUCAAGCACAAGAAACUCGGCCUCCCCUCACCGAAGAAAAAUCAGCGACCCUCCAGCAGUGUAUACGAUGUACCUGAAUCUGAUGACGAGGUAGAGCGUGGCCGAGAGGAAACAAGUACAAGUCAGGAUGAGCUUCAAUAUACGCCGGCUGGGAGGAAGACUAUUGGUGCAGUAUCAAGCACCUCUUCAAGAAAGAGUGUAACCACUCGGUUACUAGAAUCGCGUAAAAAGAAACUAGCUCCACCCGUUCAGAGUGAACCCGACCAAGACACACAAGAGAUACCGAAAAGAAAGGGUAGACAACCCGCUAAGAAACAGGACAAGGUUGAUGUGCCCGCGCGUAACAUAAAGCUGACCAGGACCGAGCUCCCGGCACGCAGUAUAGACCCGGGCAUCAAAGGGAUAUUGUCGCCACAGAAGAAGAAGCCUGGUCGACCUCGGAAGAACGUGGCUUUUACUGAAGGAGACAGCGGAAAGGAGAACGACAUUUUCUUCGAAGACAUACCGACGAAACCUACUAAACGUGGAACACAAGAGAAAACAUCGGGUGUUGUAAAUGACGUCACGCUACCUUCUGCCGACGAAGAGAACGAAGAGCAAGAUAGCGAGGACGACGAAGUGUGUGCUAUGUGUUUGAAGCCAGACUCGGAACCGCCGAAUGAGAUCAUAUUUUGCGAGAAUUGUGACAUGGCAGUUCACCAGAAAUGCUACGGUAUACCGAUCAUCCCAGAAGGCGAUUGGAUUUGUAGAAAUUGUUCCCAAGACGAUGUUCUCUCGGGCCCCAAAACGACCCCAAAGAAACAGAUACGUGUGACGAAAGCGACCGAAACUCCCAGUAUUCCGAAUUUCGAGCAACAUCUACGGCAUAUGCAGCGCGUGCUACUGGAUCGCUGUUCUGGGAGGCGUCGUAUAAAGCUUUGUGGGCAGGAUGAUGCUUAUGACAAGGCAUUCCAACUCGUUGAACAGACGGUCUUGGCUGGAGAAGGGAAUUCGAUGAUGGUCAUUGGUGCAAGAGGUUGCGGUAAGACUGCGUUGGUGGAGGAGAUCAUCUCAAAUCUUCGAGCUGAGCACCAAGAGGAGUUCCAUGUGGUUCGUCUCAAUGGGUUUAUUCAUACCGAUGACAAGCUAGCUCUUAAGGAGAUAUGGCGCCAACUCGGCAAGGAGAUGAAUCUCGAAGAUGAUCUCGCGAAUAAGACAAGCAAUUAUGCCGAUACGAUGGCCUCACUGUUAGCACUUCUAUCCCAUCCGGCAGAAAUCAUGGGGGCUGAAGAUGGUGUGACAUCCAAGUCUGUUGUCUUCAUUAUUGACGAGUUCGACCUGUUUGCGACGCAUGCCCGCCAAACUCUGCUGUACAACCUAUUCGACAUCGCUCAAGCGAGAAAAGCACCGAUUGCGGUGCUGGGAUUGACUACAAGGAUAGAUGUUGUGGAAAGUCUAGAAAAGAGAGUGAAGAGUCGGUUUAGUCAUCGAUACGUUUACAUGUCGCUUCCAAAGACGUUAGCGUCGUAUUGGGAUAUCUGCAAACAGGGACUUUCUGUUGACGAGGAGGAUCUUCGUCGCGAGGGGUUUGAUCUUAGUCUGCAAGGACUUUACAAAUUCCGAGACUAUUGGGACAAGAAGAUCGAAACCCUACGCAAGACCCCGAAUUUUGAAGAUCACCUCGAAUAUCACUAUUACACGACGAAAUCUGCGCCGACAUUCCUCACAUCCUGCAUCUUACCUCUAUCAAUGAUUUCGGCCUCCUCAUUAGAUUUGACAAUACAGUCGAAUCCCGUGGGUUGCGUCUCGCUAGAACCUUCUGGAUCAAGCCUCCAUCUUUUGGCAACAUUAUCGGAUCUCGAAUUAGCACUGCUCAUUUCGGCGGCGCGCCUAGACAUCAUUGCCCACACUGAUACAGUCAAUUUCGCUAUGGCGUAUGACGAAUAUAGCUCUCAGAUGGGUAAGCAACGAGUCCAGUCGGCCUCGUCCGGCAUGUUGGCGCUAGGGGCGGGCGCAAGGACUUGGGGUCGAGGCGUGGCCGUUGUAGCGUGGGAGCGUUUAGUGUCUCUCGGCAUUCUAAUCCCGGCCGGUAUUGGAGGCCGGAGUAACGCUCUGCACGCCGGUCUAGAGGGCAAAAUGUGGAAACUCGACGUUGCACUGGAUGAAAUUCCUACGGCUUGCGAGCUGCCGGGAUUUCUAAGCCGGUGGUGCAGCCAGAUCUAACUUAGUAUAGAUCGAUUGACACCUGCAUGGAAUAUGAAUUUAUACCUACCUAGGUCCUGGGUACACAACCUAAAUAGGCUCUGCUCAGCCAGCCGGGUGUGAAGACUUCCGCAAGCCACCAAACAAAAGUCACUCGAUAAAAAUACAUCCU